AUGGAGAACCAAAUCAAGGUUGGACAAUUCAUCUUGCUGGGUCUGAAUGUUGACUUGGAGCUUCAGUACAUAAUCUUUGUAAUUUUUCUGCUAUUGUAUACGGUCACAUUAGUGGGGAAUGGAGCUAUUGUCAUUGUGGUCUUAACUGAACCUCAGCUUCAUGGUCCCAUGUACUUUUUCCUUGGAAAUCUUUCCUGCCUUGACAUCAUUCUCUCCACAGUAUCUGAUCCAAAGAUGCUACAAGGAUUUCUAAUAAAAUAUCAACCUAUCUCUUUCAAUGUCUGCAUGGUCCAACUCUUCUUCUUCUACUUCAUGGGUGGUACUGAAGGCAUACUUCUUGCAAUCAUGGCCUAUGACUGCUAUGUUGCAAUAUGCAAUCCCUUGUGCUAUACUCUGAUCAUGAAAAAAGAGAUCUGUGUUCUAAUGGUAGCAACUGCUUGGUCUUCCAGUUUUUCUCAAGCCUUGAUGCAUGCAGUGAUGGCUGCCCAUCUACCCUUCUGUGGACCAAAUCACAUUGAACACUUUGUCUGUGACAUCAAGCCUUUGCUAAAAUUGGCCUGUGGCAACAUACACCUUAACCUCAUAUUGCUCACUAUUGGGACUACCUAUUUUGUUAUGGGGCCUUUUAUCUUCAUACUUAUUUCCUACAUCUAUAUUAUUAGUUUCCUUCUUUUAAAAGUUAAAUCCAGGAGGGGUUGGCAAAAGGCUUUCUCCACUUGCGGGUCCCAUAUGACUGUGGUGGCUUUACUGUACGUUCCUGUGUUAUUUAAUUCCAUUCUUCCUACAAUGGGUACCCCAUCACAACGUGAUGUGAUAAUAACAGUCCUUUAUAGUGCAUUUACCCCAGUUUUGAACCCAUUUAUCUAUACAUUGAGAAACCAGAAGGUUAAAAUGAUACUGAAAAAAUUCUUGAAAAAAAAAAAAGACUUUGGUGAAAGGAUAUUCUGA